CGGCUGGAAGGGCCGCCGGCGCUGCGGCACAGCGUCCUGCCGACGGAUUUGGGCCGGAGCCGCCCGUGACCGGCGCCGCGCGCGGACGCCAUGCGCGCGCGCCCGGGCCAGUGACAGCCUCCGGGAUGGACGGUGGCUCUGUCUCGCGAGAGGGGCCGAAGCGCCCGCCCGACCGCCGGCGGCUUCUGCUCUUCUUACUCGCCGGCCGCUGCGGAAGCCCGGGCGGCGUCCCGGCGCGCCGCUGCCUGUCCGCGCUCGCAGAAGGUCUGGAGGCGCUGGGCCCCCGCGCCCCCGCGGCCCGCGUCGCGUCACGUGCCUCAGCGCUGUACCUCCUGGUGCAGGUGCCCGUCCCGCGCCUGGCCGCCGCCGCCCCGCGCCGACCCCGGGGAGACCGGGAGCGCUCGCGCCUGGGGCCCUCGGCACCCCCAGCCGGGCGCUGCUGCGCGUGGAGGUGCCAGCCCGGCCUCGUCCCAGGCGUCGCCUGUGCCGCAGGCCCCCUCCACCUGUGCCAUGGCCGAGUGCCCGCCCUCGCUUCCGCCCGGAGAGAGCUAAGCCUCUCUGCUGGGUGCCUACAGUUGGAGCACAAACGCCGAGAUUUCACCUCCGCUGGGAGUAGGAAGCUCUACUUUGACACCCAUGCCUUAGUGUGUUUAUUUGAAGAAAAUGGGUUUACUACUCAACAAGCAGAAAUCAUUGUAUCUGCAUUGGUGAAGAUCACGGAGGCCAACAUGGAUAUCGUCUACAAAGACAUGGUCACCAAGAUGCAACAGGAGAUCACUCUUCAGCAAAUAAUGUCUCAGAUUUCUAACGUGAAAAAAGAUAUGAUUAUUUUGGAGAAGAGUGAAUUUUCAGCCCUCAGAGCAGAAAAUGAGAAAAUAAAACUUGAACUACAUCAGUUAAAACAACAAAUAAUGGAUGAAGUGGUCAAGGUCCGCACAGAUUCCAAAUUAGACUUCAAUCUAGAAAAGAGCAGAGUAAAAGAAUUGUAUUCAUUAAACGAAAGGAAGCUGCUGGAAAUGAGGACAGAAAUGGUGGCAUUGCAUGCCCAGCAAGAUCGGGCCGUCACCCAGACAGACAGGAAGAUAGAUACUGAGGUUGCUGGCCUCAAAACCAUGCUCGAGUCGCACAAGCUUGAUAAUAUUAAAUAUUUAGCAGGGUCUGUUUUUACAUGCCUAACAGUAGCUCUGGGAUUUUAUCGCCUGUGGAUAUAAUAAAGUGUAUAUUUAAAGAGAUCUCUAUUGUUUUGCCUUGAGAAUACCAGAUUGUUGUGCUCCCCUACCCCUCGUUUCAACUUUUAACACCGAUUUUUACUUAAAGCCUAUUAUUUAUUUUAUGCAAAUUAUGGACAAUAACCAACACAAAGAAGUCAGGAAUUUCACAGUUGCUCCUUUUCUCGUUUCUGUUUGGUUGACUUUAUAACGCUGAGUGGCGGUGGACAAAACACGGAAGACUCCACUCAGCUGGAUCGGUGAACUCGGCCUAACCUGUGGGACACAGCAACAGUAAAUAUUUGUGUAGCUACCAUUGUAAUCUUUUGUCACACAGAGGACUUGGGGUCUCCGUUUAAAAGGCACAUUGGCUUUACUGAGCGCUGAAGAAUCACAGAAAGUAAACCAAGAGCACCAUAUCCGCUUCGCCUGCCCCGACCUUAGCAUCAGCGUCCCUAAUGAAACAGCUGUACUUUACUUCCAAAGGAGGGUUUUUUCUUUCAAUUGCCAUUGUCUUAGUUACUGUUAUGGGUAUUUUUAUGUGCCUUCAGGCUAGAAAAUCUUGUUGCCUGGUGAGGUGUUGUAAUUGUAAUGGGGACUCUUGUACUUGUGGGUUUCUCUCCCUCCCUCUCCCUCACUGGGCCCUUCUUCCCCUCCCUCCUGAUUGGAGAGCUAUGGUCACACUCCACUGUACCAUCCUGGAAAACUUGCUGAUUCUCAGCGUGGACGUCUACUUCAGUUUGUGGGAUGGGGUCUGCUUCCUCCUCUCGGCUUCUGCCUUUUAUACAAGGGAGGCAGUCUGUGGCAGCAUCUGGAUAUUUAGAGAGUGUGUGCACUUUUAGAAAUGGCCCAUUACAAGCUCAGAUCCUAGGCUUUCAAAAUUAGAAAACUCAUGCCAGCUAUCAUCUGAGUUUAGGUUGAUUUCUUUGGUUAUUAAAGAGACUCUCAUAUCUACCUUACCUCUAUAUUUAAGACAAAUUCCUAGAUAAAAGGGUAUUUUGAGAAAGCACCAUCUCAAAAGCAUCCUAUUGGAAUGACUGGCAGGUAGGAGAAAAUGAGCAUUUUAGACCGGAUGACAUUGGUAGGACCUUUGCUGUCCUCCACAUGCAGACAUGUACGUAAUCUGGUACAGUGGAGAGACCACGUUAAGACCACCUGAUCAGACUGGUAGAAUGAAUGCCCACAAUCACUGUUCCAACCACACUGGUAAAAAAAAAAAAAGGUCACCUGUUGUCCUGUGGAUGUCAUUUCUAAACUUCGGAAAGUGUAAGCUGUUGCCUUUUAAAAAAAAAACAUUUGUGUAGCACAAAGAUUCUGAAUUCCAAAUAAGUCUGAAAUUCAGUCGAGUACUUUUGCAUUAAGUGAAUAACAACUUAAUCUUUCCAACUAGAUUUAAAAUGACUUAACUGCUUCAUAAAAUAUUUUAUCAAUAUAUUCUUUCAGAAAAGGAUCCCCAGAAAAUGCUGCACAUGUAGCAAUUGCCUUAAGUAGUAAAGACUCAAGGACAUGACAUCCCAUUAAGACCACAGUUGCAACUACUUAAUAACUUUGGUUGGCAGAGCUCAGAGAAAAGGCGUGGAGUACAGACUCUCCUCCGAAAUAAAGAGCACCCAAGGGAGGAAGUGUUAUAUGUGAUUAUGUUUCAAAGCAGACAUCAACUUGUACAGGUUGAAAACAGUGAAGUGGCCUUAUAUUCUGAUAAAAUAUUUUUAAGGUAACAUUCAGUGGGGUGACUUUCUUUCACAGGCCAAAAGGAGUCCAAGUCAGUGGUCGCCAACCUCUCAGACCUCGUGGACCACCAGUGAUCUGCGGACCACCGGUUGGCGACUGCUGGUCCCAAUGACAUUCCUACUGCUGAUAGUGGGCUGCAUCAGCCCUUCACUUAUUUGGGCCGUUGAUUUUGCUGUGGAGUCAGCCCUUUGCAGUACAGAGCAGCCUCUUUUACCCCUCUGCCUUGGGAACAAGAGCUCUCCUUUGAUGGAGGGAUUGCGUGCUGAUGUGGAAGUUCAGAGGGUUCGGAAUGAUGUUCCCUUUAUUUAGUCAAGUGUAUUCUACUUGAAAAGCAUAUGGGCCAAAAAUACAAGUGUCCCUUUCCCACUGCUGGCCCAGAUAUUGUGAACAGUGUAAGCAUGCCGCGCCGGGACACCGUGUGACAACUUCCUAAGCCCGCUCGGCUUGGCAGGCUUCAGAUCACUUUAGAAAAUGAAGCAUUCGCACUCAGAAGGGGGCAGAUGCCUGGCAAGGCUUCAGAAAAUCUGUGUCUAGCCCUGGGGAAAUUAACCACAGGUAGCUCCUGAAGCAUACCUCUCAAGCACAGGUGCCUAAGGUACAGAUGCCUGCAGCAGAACCUCACAGAUGGAAACUGUUUCCUUGUACUAAUUGCUCCAUUCCUAAGGGCUCCUCUGCAUUCCCACUGUCUCCUCCCCCUUUAUCUUUUUGAAAGAGCUGAACUACAUUUCCUCUUCUUAUCUGCCCCAUUAUUAAGCAAACCCUGUUUGUGUGUGCAGUUCUUACAAGAGACAUGAAUUUUUGGUUUUCUAGCUAAAUAUCUGACAAAACUAAAUCUGAAUGUAUUCAUUUUUCCCCUUAAGUAUGCUAAGUGCCUCAGUUGAGAAGUCACAAAUUCACGAAGAAAGGCUUGAUGACGAAAACCACGAGUCCUGCUGGGAUUUGUCUCUGAACACAUUAAAAACCAAAACCCUGAACCACUGUGAACGUGAUCCUGACUGGACUGUCUUGGGCUCAGCUCUGCUUUUCCCUUCGCAGCCCCACUCAGUGGCAUGGUCCCACUUCGUUCUGGUCGCCUCCAGCCUCGCCGCUUGUUAGUUAGCCGUGUCAGCAUCAGCAGGCAUUCCUCUUCCCUCACCCUAGUGUUUCUCUUCCCCUACCCUAAUGUGCUGUGUUCUGAGAAUUCUGGCCUCAUUUCUGAACAGAUACACAGUGGUACUAGAGAACUCAUAGAAAACUCUGACUUGAACGUACAUUUACCAAAUUUGUGAUUUUUCUGACACUACAGCAAAAACAUGUUAAUCGGAAAUAAUUAUGUAUAUAAAAUGUUUGAGAAUGUUUAUCCUUUUAUUGGAAUUUAUUUGGAAAAUACCCUUCUACAGAUUUACGCUUAUUAUGUUCCUCUGAUUAUAACCCAAAUAAUUUCUUAACCCUUUCAUUACUUAUGCAAAUAUUCAGUUAUCCUUUAUGAUAUAUUAGAGUGGGUAUAACAUUUUUAUCAUCUAAAAUAAAAUAUUUAAUUCUC